AUAUAUUGGUGGAUUCUUGUCCUUAGAGCAUCUGCUUUAGGAAUUAACGAAAGCAGUGUCAAGACAGCAAGGAAUCAAAGCAUUUGUGAAAAUGAACCUAAGUGCAUUCACUCUCUUGUUGGCAUUAAUCAGUAGUGCCAGUGGUUACUACUAUGAGGAUUAUGAUUACAUCCCCCUGUCAAUCUAUGGGCCUUCAUCGCCAAACUGUGCACCAGAAUGUAACUGCCCUCCAAGCUACCCAACUGCCAUGUACUGCGAUGAGCUGAAACUGAAAAGUAUGCCGAUGGUGCCUCCUGGAAUCAAGUACCUUUACCUUAGAAACAAUCAGAUUGACCACAUUGAUGAAAGGGCCUUUGAAAAUGUGACUGAUCUGCAGUGGCUCAUUCUAGACCAUAACCUUCUAGAAAACUCCAAGAUAAAAGGAAAAGUUUUCUCGAGACUGAAACAACUGAAGAAGCUGCAUAUAAAUUACAACAACCUGACAGAGUCUGUGGGCCCACUUCCCAAAUCUCUGGAGGACCUGCAGCUUACUCAUAACAAGAUCAGGAAGCUUGGCUCCUUUGAAGGACUGGUAAACCUGACCUUCAUCCAACUUCAACACAAUCAAUUGAAAGAGGAAGCCAUUUCAGCUGCUUUUAGAGGCCUUAAAUCAUUGGAGUACCUUGACCUGAGCUUCAAUCAGUUAACCAAACUGCCUUCUGGUCUUCCUGGUUCUCUUCUAACUCUGUAUUUAGACAACAAUAAGAUCAGCAACAUCCCGGAUGAGUAUUUCAAGCAUUUUGGUGGACUGCAGUAUCUUCGUUUAUCUCAUAACGAACUGGCUGAUAGCGGAAUACCUGGAAAUUCCUUUAAUGUAUCAUCCCUUUUGGAGCUGGAUCUCUCCUAUAAUAAGCUUAAAAGCAUACCAACUGUCAGUGAAAACCUUGAAAACUAUUACCUGGAGGUCAAUGAACUUGAAAAGUUUGAUGUGAAGAGCUUCUGUAAGAUCCUAGGACCAUUAUCCUACUCCAAGAUCAAACAUUUGCGUUUGGAUGGCAAUCGCCUCACCCAUAGUAGUCUGCCACCUGAUAUGUAUGAAUGUCUACGUGUAUUAAGUGAAAUUACCGUGAAUUGA